AUGAAGAGCGAGUCGUUGGCCGACAAUCAGAUGGACUCGUGUGAGACAAGCAUACAAUCCAUACCGCCAUCGAUGCCAUCGACGCCAUCGACGCCCGCAUUAAUGGUGGACAGUAUGUGUCAAAUGAACGGCAAUUCGCCUAUCAUUGAGUCAUCACUAGAAGCGGAUCCAAAGGUGGGCACAAAUAGUUGGACUAUUGAGACACCAGNCGUUUUAAUAUCAGCCAUUGAGAUGAAGAGCGAGUCGUUGGCCGACAAUCAGAUGGACUCGUGUGAGACAAGCAUACAAUCCAUACCGCCAUCGAUGCCAUCGACGCCAUCGACGCCCGCAUUAAUGGUGGACAGUAUGUGUCAAAUGAACGGCAAUUCGCCUAUCAUUGAGUCAUCACUAGAAGCGGAUCCAAAGGUGGGCACAAAUAGUUGGACUAUUGAGACACCAGUGGAGACGACGACGAGUCAGCCGACGAUGAUAUCGACCAACGGUUCCGUAUCUGUUGAACAACAAACUCAAACCGAUCUCAUCGACGACUGUCCGCAGCUGAACGGCGGCUCAUUAGUGAGCACCGCAUCCACACAAUCACUCAUUCAGAGCACUAUCAAUGCAAACACCAAUUCAUUAAACAAUAGUUCACUAAAUAAUAAUAAUUUAGUUAAUAAUAAAAGCAAUUGUAUUUCAAACGCAACUAAUGGGAAUCACAGCGUGAGUACGUCGACGACAACCGCUCCGACAUGUUUGGUGGCCAACAAUAGCGUCGAUUUGCCAAAGAUUACGACAAACACGACAACCAGUCAAACAAAUACUGCUAACAAUCCAAAUCUGAAUCAACCCAAACGUCUUCACGUCUCUAAUAUUCCCUUUCGCUUCAGAGAUCCCGACUUAAGACAACUCUUUGGGCAAUUCGGACCCAUUCUUGACGUCGAGAUUAUAUUCAACGAAAGAGGAUCUAAGGGUUUUGGUUUCGUUACGUUCGCGGCGAGCGCUGACGCGGACAGAGCUCGUGAACAAUUGAAUGGGACGGUAGUGGAGGGCCGGAAGAUUGAAGUAAACAAUGCGACGGCAAGGGUUCAGACAAAGAAACCGACGCCCACUGCCAUCAUAACCAACGUGGCCGCCUUGAGGGGCGUAGCGAUACAAAGAGGCACGAGGGUCGCACGGGCCGGCACACUGGCCGCCGCCGCAGCAUUUGCAAGACACCCUUCUCCACUAACUCAAGCAGCCGCUGCCACAACCUUGCAUGGUUAUGCUGCCACC